CACAAACAACAUGAGCAGUGCUGACCUUGUUAUAUUCCGACGCCUUUAUGCAACACCCGGCUGAUGGUCUUCGACGCGGAGAACCAAAGACGACGUGAAUGUGAUGGAAUUGAGCUGGAUGCAGACGAUCGACUCAAUAACGUCUCUCUCAAGCCCGCCGCACCUUCCAACUCCUGAUCAUCCUACCCAACCAGGCUGCGCAUACUAGGCAGCAGCCUUGCACUGCAGUCGAAAUCGCGGGCCAAUGACCAUGUCGUGUGAUGCACUGACACGAUGAGAGGAGGCGGGCCUGGACGGAGGAAGAGCGCAGGGCAUUUGGACAGCGGAGGACUUGCUCCUGCGUGCGCGACCAAGCCCCCGGGGGGCGCGCUUGAUUAGCUGAACCGAAUCCCUUCCGGCACACACGCUGCUUGGUACGCACGACGACGAGAGGAAACAGCCGGAUUCACGAUUCGCACCUCCGACCAGAUCCUCACGCUCUCAUUGCCCCUGCGCUCGCUGCUCGCCCACGCACGCAUAUAGUCGUCGUAAAGCCGCCUUGGGCUCGGUCUGUAUCGGCUGCUCCCGCGCAUGGAAGCGCCCACACCUGCGCCGAUCAUCAGUGACCUCUGCGAUUCGGCCACUCGGACAGGCUCGCAUCCGGGUGGCAGCGGGAGGCUGCGAAACCGACCGACUGACCACGGGCUCACUGCCGGGUCCACUGGAACUCGCAGAGGAGAGCAAAGCAGAGCGUGAACGAGAGCGUGAUAAUCAUCGUUAGGAGAGACCACGAGACCCCACCAGGUGCUGGACGUGCUGCAAACCUCGAAACGGUCGCCCUACCGUCCGCGACCCUGCGCCUUGAGGUCGAAUCUCUGCCUGUGCAGAAGCCGGUGGCUUUUUCCAGUCCUCGUAAGCAACCCUCGACGGCCUUCUUAAAUUACGUGUUAUGGAGCUCGCGGCAUUGCAUCCCCCUUGGAAACCGACUUCAGUGCCCCAUGAGCGGCCGAGCGCCCUCUCUUCCUCGAACGCAAAACAAACAGCUCGCUGGUCUUCUUCCGCAGAUAUCAUAAUGCCGGAUCUCGGCACGUGCCGCACAAGGGCACACAGGCACUCCAGCGAGGCAGCGGUGGGAGAGGUCAUUCUGCCAUGACCAAGGACGUGUAUUCCGCAAUGCAUCCGAAGAAAGGCUGUCUGGACGUCAUCCUCCCGUGAUAGCGUGUCUCCUUGAUAUGGCGACGGCGGCUCAGCUGACGGGACUUGGCAACCACCCGACAGUCUCUUGGAGCAGGAGGCCAGAUCCCGGGCGCUUCUGACACCAUUGAGUCGGAUGAUUUCCGGAUUUGGGCUGGCGAAGUUCAGCCGCGCAGACAAGGCGGGGGCUCACGUCUGCCAUGCUAUCUAUGCUCGCGAAGCCUGCCGUCGACGCUGAUUCCCGCGCACACAUCCGAGGAAGAGAGCAUCGCUAGCUGUCAUCCGGCGUAGCGACUGUGUGGACCCGCUGGACAGUUUACUAAACAUCGACGACAGGCAAUUACAAUCACUGCCCAACUGGCCAGGGUCCAUUUCGGAUAGUCUCAAUCGUUCAUAUGACGACGCAAAAAGGUCUCGUGGGGGGGCUGCCGUUUCUGCUGGAGACUGCGUAUAAAGAGCACGGCCUGUAGUCUGUGCUGCUCAACAGUUCUCCGACUGCAGACUACUACCCAGUGACAUGCUCUCGCAACUUGCCCUCCCGCUCCUGGCCGCUCUGCCCUCCGUCCUCGCACACGGCGGAGUCGUUUCGUACAACAUCGGCGGACAGACUUACAAGGGAUUCCUCGCCUACAAUACCCCGGUGGGACAGAGCACGAUCCAGCGCCCCUGGGCAACCUACGAUCCGAUCCAGAACGCCACGGAUCCGACGAUCGCGUGCAACGAUGACGGGACGUCUCUUGCUCUCCAGCUCACCGCGAGCCCGAUCGCAGCUGGUACUGCCAUCACCGCUUUCUGGAACCAACCCUGGCCGCAUCCCUACGGGCCGAUGCUCACGUAUCUUGCUCAAUGCCCCGGCUCGACAUGCACUGGAGUCAAUCCCUCCACGCUCAAAUGGUUCAAGAUCGACCAAUCCGGCCUGAUCAGCGGGACGAUCUUCAACGGGACGUGGGGAUCCGGCAAGAUGAUCGCGCAGAACUCGUCCUGGACGACGACGAUCCCCGCCUCGGUCCCGGGCGGGAACUACCUCAUCCGCUUCGAGACGAUCGCACUCCACUCCCUCCCCGCUCAAAUGUACCCCGAGUGCGCGCAGAUCGUGAUCACCGGCGGCAGCAAGCCCAUCCAGCCGACCGCGGCGCAGCUCGUGUCGUUCCCUGGCGCAUACAGCAACUCGGACCCUGGACUGUCGAUCGACAUCUACUCGAACCAGGCCAGGACGCAGACGACAUACCCCAUCCCCGGUCCGCCGCUCUACCCGUCCGGCGUGGCCGUCACCAGCACCGCCGCCGCGACGAGCACCGCCGCGGCCUCUGGACCCACCGGCCCGGGCACGGUCCCGCAAUACGGCCAGUGCGGCGGGCAGGGCACCGUCCCCGCAGUCUGCAUCUCGCCCUACAAGUGCACCGUCGUCAACCAGUAUUACUCGCAGUGUCUCUGAUCCCGAGGAUGGCCCAGCCGUGCGGCGCUCAGCUUGUGCCUGCAGGUCGAUCGUUUCUCCAUGUUAUUUAUGAAUUGUAUGCAACAACAAUUGAAGUACGCUUAUGGUGACGGAAGAUGCGUGCCGGAGAAGAUAUUUGUUGGACGUGUAGCUACCGACAGUCGGUGCAUGUUUUGUUGCGGGAACAUUCACGCGCCAGACGCCGGCGAGCUGAGGCCGAGUGCGCUGCAACCCUUGUGGUCCGAUCUUCUUGUGUGAAGGCAGAUUGUAUGAGUAGGUAAAAGAAAAUCCAGACCUCGCUUGAAGCUUUGCAAUCUAUCCGCUGACGCAGACCUUGACAUUCAAAUCACAGAGGACCUGCACUGCCACAUGGCAGAUUGAACAGCUG